GAGAGAGAGAGAGAGAGAGAGAGAGAGAUAAAGGGUCGAGGGUGGGAGGAUCUCCUUCAUUCAGCAGAAACUCUUCAUCAGACUCUUGAAGAGACAGGCAGAAUAAAGAGCCCAGCAGGAGGAGAAAACACAUCUCUCACUCUCUCUCUCUCUCUCAAGUGUUUCUCAGCGAGCGUCUGGAUGGAGGGAGACGGAGAUGUGGAGCUCACACUGAGUCCCGAGACUCUCACGGAGGAAGACGUGUGUGUGAUCCAGGACACGUGGAGACCCGUCUAUGAGAACCGAGAGAAUGCUGGAGUCGCUGUGCUCAUCAGGUUCUUCGGGAACUUCCCGUCGGCGAAGCAGUACUUCAGUCAGUUCCGGGACAUGCAGGAUCCCGAGGAGAUGCGGCAGAGCGUCCAGCUGAAGAAGCACGCCGUGCGGGUCAUGACCACCCUCAACUCGCUGGUGGAAAACCUGCGCGACGCAGACAAACUCAACACCGUCUUCAGCCAGAUGGGCAAAUCACACGCGCUCAGACACAAGGUGGAUCCCGUCUACUUCAAAAUUCUGGCCGGAGUGAUCCUGGAGGUGCUGGUGGAAGCUUUCCCACAAUGCUUCAGUCCCGCCUCGGUGCAGGGGGCGUGGUCUAAGCUCAUGGGCGUCCUGUACUGGCAGAUGAACAAAGUCUACGCUGAAGUCGGCUGGGAACCCAUCAAAAACUCUGCAAAGUGAGGGAGAGAAUUCAUGCAGAAUUAUAUUAAUCACACCAAAGAUUACUGCAGAUUGGACAUGUAUAUUUGAUUUGUUUCUAUAUUCGAAAUACUGGAAGAAAAAGAGGACGAGUAGAAUAUAAACAGCUGUAAACCAUUUUAAUCAGUGUCAUGAAUAGUGGCCGUUGUAAUCGCACGACGCAGGAGAAUCCUAACAAAGACUUCUUUAUUAGGGAUGCGCGGUAUAUGUCGGCCAUCAUAUCGGUAUCGGCCCACAUAUGUUC